UCUCCCUUCAUCUCUGCUUAAAGCUAUUUAAAAUAUCCCUACGCUCCUCGUCUCAUCCGCCUAUAUCCCUCCUUGUUGAUGCGACCUCUCUGACCCAUCCCAGCUGCUGAUACCGCCACCAUGGUCAAACCGACUCCGCACACAUCCCCGCAGUCCACUCCUGAGGCUGCCCACGUCGGCGCGAGGAGAAAGAUUGAGGAGGAUGAGACCAGCAAUGGUCGUGCCUCCAAGAAGGCAAGGACGCGCGUCAGCUACUCGUGCGGGGAGUGUCAUCGCAGAAAACAGAAGUGCGACCGACAAGUACCAUGCUCACAUUGUAUUGCCCGUAAAGUUCCUGAACUUUGCCAGCCGUAUACUCCCGGGAAGUCCGACCAAGACCUCGCUGCCCGGCUAUCACGCGUCGAGCAAGUCAUCCAAGCUGCUCUUCCCCAGCACUGGAACGCGAGCCAAUCCGGAUAUGAUGCCAACAGUGUCGAUGCACAAACUGCUGAUGAUGACAGAAACUCGCAAGCGGACGAGGAGGAUAUGGCUGCAGGCAUCUACGACAGUGGUAGCUGGUUUGGGACUGCUGCGUCUGGGAGCGUAGCUGCUCCGGCGAUGUUAGAAAGGCUUCAACAUAUGGUCGAGUCGCCUCACACUAACGAGCCCGAGAAUCACGGCAAGUCGCUCUCCAUCGACCAGCUCCCUCCAGAUAUCUUCCAAGAAGACACGAAGACUCUGCUUGCUUCCGCGAUCCCCACACCCGCCGAGAAUCUCAAAGCGCUCGUACAAGAAUGCGGUGUUGCCCCCCACAAGAUCUCCGAGUUAUUGCACGAAUUGCCACCCCGCUCGCUGGCUGAGAAGCUUGUAGACCUCUACUUUAGCGCAAGCAACUGGACGCGAUAUCCGGUUUCCGAGAAGAACUUCCGUGCAGGUUGUAACUCGUUAUACAACGAGGGCGCCGCAAUCAACCCCAACGAGUUCCGAUUUCUUCCUCUUCUUUUCGUGAUUCUGGCUAUCUCGGUGCGAUUGGCUCCCGAGCAGUUAGCAGGUGACGCAAGGACGCGCCGACUAACGUCGUCGCGCUAUUACUGGUGUUCGCGGCGGUCGCUGCUAAUAGCUGCAGCCAUUCAUACAGACUGUUUGGAGCUAGUGUUGACGCGCCUGUUGAGCGCUCGAUUCUUGCUGUUCGAUCGCAAGAUGACUGAAUGCUGGAGUCAGCUCGGCGCGGCUGUGCGGACUGCGCAGGCUUUGGGUCUGCAUCGCGACUGCGGCGGCCUGCGGUUAAAUCCAUAUCAAGUGGAACACCGGCGCAGAGUAUGGUCUUACUUGUACCAUGCGGACCGGUCAUAUGCGCUUGUUCUAGGUCGCCCGAUGGCUAUCCAGGACGAGUACACCUCCACGCUACCCCCUGCUAACGUGGACGACGAGAAUAACGUGAUCACCAGAGGCCCGUUUCCGCUGAACCAGCCGACGCAGAUGACCUACAUCGUGCUCCGGCAUACUCUCUCUGGCAUCAUGGGUCGCAUGGUGCAUCACUUUCAGAGAGUCAACGGUCCCAGACACUACGCCGAGGUUUUGCAGCUUGACGACGAGCUUGUGAAAUUCAUUACCUCUUUGCCACCGCACUACAGUUUCGACCCCGACACUUCUUUGGACGAAAGCCACUAUUACAUCCCUGCACAUCGCUUCCUACUUGUGACGGAAGUCCUCUUCGUACGAAUUACCCUACAUCGACCGUAUCUCCUCCGUCGGCUCGGCUCAGACAAGUACUUGCGGUCGCGACAGGCCUGCUUCGAUUGUGCAAUGAAGGACUACCAGUUCCGUCGUAAGUUCUUGACGACCAGUGGUAUCAAGGACGUCCGCGACCCUGUCACCAGCGCGUAUCGCGAGUUCCAAGCCGCGAUGAUUAGCGGAAUCUACUUGGUCUUGUACCCGAAGGGCAAGGACGCGGAGAUGAUGCACAUGGUUUUGGACGCCUUCAUCGACGAUCACGACCGCGAUCAGGACAACACCACGAAGCGGGAACUGAAGAUCAUCCAGUUCCUCAGGACCAAAGCGCAGCUCAUUGCGAAGGGCUCGCCAAGGCCCGACGAUGCCCCUGUUUCUCUUACCGCGUCGCCUCAGCAGAUGAACGACCGCCCACACAACGAGGCACAGCUGCUGCUUCAGCUAUCAUCACCGCGCGGCUAUCCGAUCGGCGCCUCGCAUGUGGCUGGCCCACAGUUCGCGAACGGCACCUCGCCAACGAUCCCGUCGUACCCGACGUCGCCGUACAGCGCGGCGCACCCCGCGGUGCAACACAUCCAGCGCUCGGACAGCACGUCACAUUCAGGCUCCGCGAGCCCGGGCCACGAGGACGAGACGGCAGCUCAAUCGCUUCUCGACCAGUGGUGCAACGUUUUUACCGGCGCGCCGACCGUCGAUGGCAUGUCUGGCACGCAGAGCAUCCCGUGGUCGACGUCGGGCGUCGGGGACUGGGUUGGGGCCACGGGGAGCGGGCCCUCGGGGAGCGUCGUCGGCCCUGGCGGGAACCCCCUACCGUCCGACGCAGACGGUUUGGACUGGAGCUAUUGGGAGAGCCUUAUCAAUCAAAUACGCAGUGGACCUGUGGCGUGAUGGCGCUUCUGGCCCCUCGCGUAGGGAUGAUACGCAGGGGGGCGCGGCGGGGGGCAGGCGCAUAAUCGGUUCGUCUUUAUUACAUGGUGUGUACGCGACGUUCCUCCGAUUCUCUAGAAAUUCAGUUUCCCAUUCCUGUAGUAUUUACAUGAUUGCGUAAUUUGUGAAUAGUUAGUUUUGUUGCUCGUAUUUGUGCCUCACCUUGAUCUGCACGUUCUGUUUCGUCUCCCUCCUUCAGACUUUUACGUGUCUGGUAUCCAGCUGACCCUGCA